UGGAGCUCAAAGAGUUCACAUACCCUUACCGUGUUCCUCCAUCAUGGAUCCUUCAGAGAUAAGAAAGAGAUUCAAGCGCUUCCGAAUCCUCAUUAUAGGAAGAGCGAAUGCAGGAAAAACCACCAUCCUCCAGAGGGUUUGCAAAACAAAGGACAACCCAGAAAUAUAUGAUAGCGCCGGGAACAAGAUCGAUGCCUCCGUUUUGGCGGCAUCCAGAGAGCGUGGAUUGCACAAUAUCGAGAAUGAAAUGGUGUUUCGGAACAACCCAGGAUUCGUCUUUCACGAUUCACGUGGGUUUGAGGCAGGAGGACACUCCGAAUUCAACAAGGUGAAGGCUUUCAUCAUAAGCCGUUCUAAGAAACAAUGGUUACAUGAUCGAAUCCAUGUGAUAUGGUACUGCAUUCCGAUGGAUGAGGAUAGCAGGUCUUUCACGGAAGCGGAAGUCAAGUUUUUCUCUCAGUGUGACACUGGAAGAAUUCCAGUAAUUGUGUUGUUUACUAAAUUUGACGCCCUCUACGACGAUGUACAUGCAGAGCUAAUGAGCAAGGGAGUAUCGAGGAAAGAUGCUGACGGACUGGCCCCGCAGCACGCCAGAGAGUCAUUUGCCAACGGGCCACAACUAAAGCUUUUGUACAGCCGCAAGGGCAACCAACGUCCUCCAAAAUGUCAUAUAUGUCUUCCUGAUAUGGACAAAAAUGAUGCAGAUUGCACGCCACUCAUCAAAUGCACGGCUGGAAGUCUCGAUGAUAAGGUGCUUAAACAGUUGUUCACCUCGACUCAGCAAACCACUUUGGAGGUGUGCAUCAGGUGUGCAGUUGAAAGCACAAUUGCGCUGCAUCUUGACUCUACUCAGACAAUCUCAUCUCGCAUGUUUGGAAAAUUCAAUGAUCGACAGAUUGUAGAUGAUUUGGGUGCAUGGUUUCCAUCGACAAUUGUAGGAAUUUAGUGAGUGUGUUGAGCUGGAGCCUUGCUGACAGAACACAUUGCUGAUCUGUUGACAGGACGU